AUGGAAGAAAUACUAGUAAUGGAAAUUUUCCAAAGCCAAACCCCGUCAAAGGUCUUUGAAUAAUUAAAUAAGAGAGAAGAGCGAUUAGGUUUUCGGACAGAGGAAAGAAGAUAGAAAAAAAAAAAAACAAUGGCUCUGUUUUUCAGCCGCGUCUUGACUCGCUCUGCACGCAAAGACAAUGCUCGUUUCUUCUCAUCAUUGCCGCAGUUCCCGUAUUUGCUUAUGGGCGGUAAGAAGCUGCGAGAGUCUCCGGAGGGUAAAAUCAGGAAGCAGGGGUUAUUCGAUCCGACGACUGAAGAGACAGUGUAUAGCAGUGAGAAGACGUUUCCCAAGAAGCUCAAUGGUCUACCUCUUGUGGGAGCAUCACAAGGUUGGAUCGCUUCUUUUGACGACAAAGACCUUACCGUACAUAUCACGGAUGUGUACAAGCCAUGGCUCUCAUCUUCGAAAGUAAUAUCAUUGCCUUCGGUUGGGUUCAAACCUUCAACACAUGAAACGAGAGUGUCUCUCUCUUCUUCUGAUCCUGUCCAAGAGGACUUCUCUGUGGCUGCAAAGUUCAACGACUAUCGGCUAAGUGUAUGUAGGCCUCGUUGGGACUCUAAGUGGACUCACAUCGCGACAGCUUAUUCUCUUUUACCACCCUCUAAUCUCUUGUAUUCCAAGAGAGACAAAGUCUUCUACUUUACCAGUUUCAAGGGUGACUACAUGGGUUCGUUGGAUCUCAAUAGCAACAACGACUUCGAGCCAGAGUAUCACCACCUACGCCUUCAGAACCGGCCUAAGAUCCCAGAGGCAGGUUGGGAGAUGCUGGAUAAAUGUUUCAUGACCAACCACUUAGUGGAGUCUCCCUCUGGUGAACUUUUCUUCAUCAAGUGGUACACACAGUACAUUCACAAAGAGGACGAAGAUGGGGAUUUGGAAUUUAUUCACUGCAGUACUAAGCGGUUCAUGAUCUUUAGGCAAGAUGGGAUGAGCAAAGACUUUUGUUACACGGAAGAUAUUGGAGAUCUGUGCAUCUUCCUUAGCAAGAGUGAAGCCUUCUGUCUCUCGGCAAGCAUAUACCCUAGGCUCAAACCUAACUCCAUCUAUUACCUUGGUCCUAGACUUGGUUCUUACGAUCUGGCUUCUGGUACGGACCGUCCCUUCAACUUCGAUCGCCUUGGUGAACCCUCGCCCGUCCGUACCCCCUUCUGGCUUCAUCCCACGGACCCCAUUGCUUAACAAUGUUUCUUUCUGGUUCCUUUCCUUUGGAUCUCUUCUCUUAGCUUUAGCUAUAGGAUUUGGGCUUUGUUUUGUUCAAUAAGUGGUCGUCUUGCCACUUUUGUGUUAUGUUCUUCUUCUUCAUGCGGUCUUCAUCAUGCCACUUUGUUAGAUGUGCUAUGAGCUUUUGUAUCUUGUGUUGUUCUU